CGAACCACUACCUAAUAAUUACCCAAACUCUUUUAUAUAUACCUCGUACACCCCCCAUUGAACAAUCAACAACCUGUCAAUGGCAUUAGUGCAUCUUUCCCUUCUCCUAUUUUCCACUUUCUUGGGUGCUGAUGCGGCGGUCUUUAUGUUGGAAAACAGAUGCAACGCCACCAUCUGGCCGGGGAUCCUAGCCGGAGCUGGAAAGCCCCAGCUCAUGAACGGUGGGCUUGUGCUAAAUCCAGGGCAAACCAUCAGCAUCAAUGCCCCAACAGGGUGGUCAGGACGCGUGUGGGGCCGCACAGAGUGCUCCUUCGACCAAUCCGGUAGAGGGUACUGUGCCACCGGUGACUGUGGCAGCGGCAUGGAGCAAUGCGCUGGAACCGGCGGCGCACCGCCAGCUACACUCGCCGAGUUCACCCUAGACAGCCCGCUUGAUUUCUACGAUAUUAGCCUCGUCGAUGGGUUCAACGUUCCGGUUUCCAUAGUCCCCUCUGGCGGAUCAGGGGACUGCAGGCCUGUCAGGUGUCUCGAAGACUUGAACCGGCGCUGCCCCAGCGGACUGCAAGUGACGAGGAACCGACGGGUUGUGGCAUGUAAGAGCGCGUGUCUGGCUUUUAACCAACCUGAGUAUUGCUGCACCGGUGCUUAUAAUAGUCCUAGAACAUGCAAGCCGUCGGUUUACUCGAGAGUGUUCAAGGAUUCUUGUCCUGCGGCUUAUAGCUACGCGUAUGAUGAUUCCACCAGCAUUGUUACCUGCCAAGGAGCUGAUUACUCAAUUAGCUUUUGUUAGUUACACUUUUGUUUUCAUGACAUAAACAUUGUUGGAACAAAUGCAGAAUGCAUAUUGGAUUUUUUCUUUUUUUAACAAGCAAAUUUAAGAGUUUAUCAGUGAGCUGAUUUUCUAAUCAGCUGUAGCAGUUUUUAUAUGGAACAAGACUGAGAAUUAUUAUUA